GUUCUGAACAGGAACCCUUACUCUUACUUCGAUGGCAUCAUCUCGAGUGUUUAUGGAUAACGAUGUCCAGCCUAGCAGGGAUUAUCUUGGAUGGCUGAGCUCAAACUCAGAUCUUGCUAAUAAGAUUAAUGCAGAGGUUGUUACUAAGCCUGAGACAGCGACUCUAGAGGAACUUUUCGCCUACAUCAAACAUGAGACUGCUAAGGUUGCUUGGUUUGAAUGCACAACGAUUAUAGAUGAUGUUCUUCGGGGUUCUGCUUGGUAUUAUAUCUCAUGCGGUGGGUGUAAUAGUAAGCCAGUCAAAGGGUCUACCUCUCUGAUUUGUAACAACAAGAAAUGUGGGAAACGUGAUGUUACGCGUUGCUCAAUACCUCACGAGGAUUUCUGUUUAUGAUAAGAGUGAACAUGCAGUUUUUGUCAUUCUUGGUGAUGCUGGCAAAGAGUUGACUGGGAAGCAUGCAUCAGAAUUAGUUGCCAGUUACUUUGAGGCUAAUGAGGGCGUAGAAGCUGAUCAUUGUGUGCCGGUACCGCAAGCUCUACUUGAUACAAUAAGGCAUACUUAUAGAUUCAUUGUGAAAGUCUCAGAUCAUAAUUUGUCAGGUAAGACUCAAACCAUAACUGUCACAAAGAUAUUCCCACCAGCAGCUCCACAGACUAUAGCUCCCUUGGAAGAGCACGCUGUUCCACCAACGUCUGAUGAUAUCCUGAAGACUGGAGGUGACAGGGUUAGACAAGCAUCUGAGAGUCUUGAAUCAGCUGAAGCAAAGCGUUGCAAAAGUGGCUGAUACAGCUUCGACAAUCCUCUUACGCAGUGAUUGCUUUUGCUGCAGUUUAAGUUUCGUUUUUAUGUUUACCUAAUUACUUUGCCUUCACUCCAUUUCUAUCUUCA